CGUUUUCAAAUCACAUUGACGUGGCCUGGGUUUGCGACGAUUUGCCUUAUCAAUCAGCUUACACGUUGGGGUCAAUGAGGUACCGCAAUGUCUCGCGGCGCGCAGAGGGUCGGCGAGAUAUGCGCACGGCUUAUUCAUGCCAGGUAGCAGCAUAUUGCAAACACCGCAGUCCUGUCUGUUCGUGUAUAUAUAUGGGCACAUUUGGCCUACACCGGCAACACCACUUCUGCAUCUUCACCUAAAUCAUCCACAGCAUGUCUACUCAGAAGGCUCUAUAUCUCCUCCAGGCCAAGGGACAAUUCGCGGUCAGGGAAAGGGACAUCCAAGAGCCGAGCUCUGGCGAGGUUCUCGUCGAAAUUCACGCGACUGCACUCAACCCCAUUGAGUGGAAGAUCCAGGCCUUCGGACUCUUCAUCACCGAGUACCCCAUUGUCCUCGGUGUCGACGCGGCGGGAAUUGUGAAGAAACUCGGCGCCGGAGUGACCGACGUCUCCGUCGGCGACAAGGUGCUCUUCCAAGGAAAAUUCAAUACACGCUAUUCCACGUUCCAACAGUAUACUGUUGCACCCGCCGAGCUUGUCGCCAAGGUCCCAUCGAACCUGACUUUGGACCAGGCUUCUGCGAUCCCAGCAGCGGUCGCUACCGCUUCUCUAGGUCUCUACUCUCACAACGAGGCAGAUGGCAUCGCUCUCACCGCGCCCUGGGAGGAGGGUGGCCGCGGCAAGUACACCGGAGAGCCUAUCCUCAUCAUCGGCGGCUCUUCUGCUGUCGGUCAGCAGGCAAUCCAGUUCGCGAAGCUCUCCGGCUUCUCACCCAUUAUCACGACAGGCUCGCUGCACAACGAGGCAUACCUUAAGUCGCUCGGUGCGACGCAUGUCAUUGACCGCAGCACGCCGCUGUCUACCCUACCCGCGGUAGUCAAGGAGAUCACGAGCAAUCCUAUCAAGGUCGCAUACGACGCUAUUUCAGAGUCAGAGACGCAGAACGCCGCGUACGACGUCCUCGCACCCGGCGGCAGGCUCGUGAUUGUCCUCCCAGGGGCUGUUGACAAGGUCAAAAUCACGCCUGAGAAGGAGAUCUCGCCUGUUGCUGGCUCCCCGCAUGCACCGGGGAAACAUGAGAUUGGCAGGAACCUGUAUGCUAACUUGACAGGUCUGCUUGAGAGCGGUGCAAUCAAACCGAACAACAUUGAAGUGCUGUCUGGCGGGCUUGCGGGUAUCCCCGAAGGUGUGGAGAGGCUCAAGAAGGGUGUUAGUGCCCUGAAGCUCGUUGUCCAUCCGCAGGAGACUGUUUGAUCUCCCUGCAAUGGUACAGGAAGUACUGUAUAUUAUUGUGAACUUCAACUGCAUCACGGUAAACACGAACUGUCCGAUGGCUGAGCUGGCUCCGACUUAUUUUUGAUACGACUUGUGGACUAGUAACGUACUUGAUAGACGUGAACUGCACCUCUUGUGUU